AUGUUCUUCGUCAGCGUUUUGGCGGCUGGUAUUGUCAAUGCACUGGGUGCCCUGCCAACCUGGGAGUGCGUGAAAAACCGCCCGUGCUCCAUUCAGUUUACCGGUGACACCGUCACUGCUGAAGAUCUUAUCUUGGUGAGCUCUUCGAGGACUUCUUGUGACACCUGCUUCCGAACCGACGCCGGCGUAUGCCCAUGGCUUGAUGGAAACAGUGGAGUUGACGGACUCGUCGUCUGUCAAGAUGGAAACACCACAGAGUGGCGAUGCCAGUUGGCUGGAAAGGGAGAUCGUGUGCUCUGCCCCCCGAGCACCAGAAUGUGUGUGCAACGGACCUGCGGAGGAGGGCUUGACCAUUGCUGCGAUGCUAUUCCUUUCAAUUCAGAGGGCAUUUUUCCAUGCCAAGACAGUCGUGGUCCGCGUCUCUGUCCGUAUAUGUCGCCGCAGAGCCUGAGAGCCACAAUCAACGAAACCCAUGGCUCUGUGGAACCAGGCGCCUAUGCCGUUUGUCGCUGCAGUCCGGCCACCUUUGCUGCUGGAGCCGCAGGUGACAGGCUGGGGACUCUGCACGUCGUGGGCCCCGGCAGCCUUCACAGGCAGACCUGCACGUCGGGUCAACCGCGAUGCUGGGCGGAAACCACGGGCGCCUUCGGCCUCUCCAUGGAGACGUCACUGAUCCAGGUGACACCUGCAAGCACUUGCGCUGAUGUGGAGACAGACACGCCCGAGUCUUAUGCCGAGAAUUUCCGUUUUCAGUGGAACAAUGACUUCUCCGGGGCGUACUUGCCUAUCUCCCUUGCCGGACGGAAAUGGAUGGCUGGACAGGAUCCUGGUUUAUACAGGCUCUGCUGGUGUCAGAACGACACCGAAGGUGCCUGCGAUUCAUUUUCUGACUUCAACGUCUCUGCCGGAUACAUGACCUGGCAUGGGCCCUUCAAGAAGGAAAUGACAGUAGUUGUCACCAUUGGUGAGGUCUUCGAGCUCGAGCUCUCGGGAGUAGGGGUCAGAUCCAACAGUGUCCUAAGCAUCCAGCAAGAGUGUGGGGGCAGCGAAGGGCCAAGAGUGUUGGCCGAGGCAGCUCAGUCUGCUACGAAGUUCUUUUACAAUUUCGGCCAAGUCGUUGAGGAUAAGUUGCCACCGGGCGCGUACCGGGCAUGCUGGUGUCAGCCGGAGUAUCGCAAUGUGCCCCCAUCGCUUUGCUCCGAGGCUUCUGAUCAGAUCACACCAGUUGCAGAGGUUUAUGUUCGCUGCCCGCUCGGACAGCACAGCCCCGGCGGAGUGGGGGCCUGUAAGCAGUGCGACUAUUUCUGGGAUAAGCCCAACGAAGCUCGCGACGACUGCCACACCUACGGCACGAACCUUAGCCAGAUAGUCGGACUCUUCCUCUGCUACCUCACUGGCUGGGUUCUCUUGUGGUAUCAGAUGAGCUGCUUCGUCGAGCCGGGGUGCAGGCGUCUGGGCGUGUCCGGACGGAAGGUGUACAUUGAGGAUAUCUCCUCCAGACCCUCCGAGAGCGGAGACUGGACGGCUUUCAUUACGACUGUGCAGCCGCAUCACCUCACGGCACGCUUCGGCACCUUUCCCGUCUACUUCUACCAGACCGGCCACUACCAGCUGGACCGGAAGCCAGUCGGAGCCCGUGGCUUUUGCUACCGGGCGAGGCCGGUCGGACCCAGUCGCAUCCAGCUGCUGGACGACAAGGGCAACUCCGUGGCGAGCGCCGACACCUCCCGCGGCUACUUUGUUCUGCGGUACGCUCGGUGCGUCAUACACACUGAUCUACUGCCCGGCGUGCCGGUUCUCCUCGCCGCCUCGGUUCUCCUGCUGACGGCAACCUCCCUGCUCUUUGUGGCCAAUCUGGAGAGCGAGCCAACAUUCCGGGCUUGGGGUGGGACAGGCGGAACGCUCUUGGGCUGCGCGCUGGGCUGUGUUGCUGCUUGGGGUUUGAGGUACUGGAGGGAGAGGCCGUCGCCCAUACAUGAGUCGAUUACAAUCUUCCGAAAGGAGUUGGCACGCAGACGCCCGUACCCGGUAGCAUGCAAGAAGGGACCUGAUCGUGCGCUCACGGCUUACCAGAUCUGCGAUUUGAUGCAGCAGUUUCAGCAAUACAUACGGGAUCGGAACCUGUAUUACAUUGACUCCAACAUUGUGCAACCUUUGACCUCUCAUGUGAAGCUUUCUCUUGCCGAGCUGCUCGGCCCCUCCACAGUUCAAUACUUUGUGUCCCACUACUGGGGAACGAAGUUUGCAUACACCUGUGAAGCCUUGAGACGGCAUGCCGACCACGCAGUUUCAGGACAGACUGAAGCAAGUUGGCAGACAGUCUCAUACUGGAUUUGCGCCUUCAGCAACAACCAGUAUCAAAUAGCGCAUGAGCUCGGCACCAGUCACAAGGACUCUUCCUUUUACCUGGCGCUGCAUAGCCCCUUCGUUCAAGGGACCUGCAUGAUCUUAGACCAGAAGGCCUUGCCGCUGACGAGAUCCUGGUGCUUGUUUGAGCUCCUGCAGACUGUGAUCCUGGAGAAGCUGAGUUGCUGUUAA